AUGCCUAGGGAUAGAUUCAAAGAAAUUAUGAAAUAUUUACGAUUCGAUGUAAGAUCAGAACGAUCUACGAGAAUUAUAACAGAUAAAUUUGCGUUGAUUUCUCAAGUAUGGAAUCGCUUUAUUGACAACUGCAUUUCGUGCUACAAACCGGGAGAAAAUGUAACAAUAGAUGAACAGUUGUUUGCUACAAAAGUUCGUUGCCCUUUUAUCCAGUACAUGGCUAAUAAACCUGAUAAAUUUGGAAUAAAAUUUUGGCUCUGUGUUGAUGUCAAAUCGAAAUACUUGUUAAAUGCUUACCCAUAUCUUGGGAAAGAUGAAACUCGACCGCAAAGUCUUGGACAACACAUCGUCAUGCAUCUUAUGGAACCAUUUUUGAAUAAAGGUAGAAAUGUGACUACAGAUAACUUUUUCACAUCUGUGUCUCUCGCACAGAACUUGCUUUCAAAACGUACAACUUUGGUUGGUACUAUAAAUAAAGGGGGACCUGACAUUCCAUCGUACGUAAAAAAUCUAACAUUGGAUUUAUAUGACACCAAAGCAUUAAAAACAGAAAAUGACCAAUGCUUAUUGACUGUUUACCAAACAAAGAGAAGCAAAAAUGUUUUGUUAUUGAGUACAUUACAUGAUAGUGUUCAUAUACACAGUGGCGAUGUCAAGAAAAAACCUGAAACUGUUAUGUUUUACAAUUCAACUAAAAACAGUGUUGCCGUUGUCGAUCAAAUGGCGAGAAGAUAUAGCACAAGAGCACCUUCUAGAAGAUGGCCGGUACAAGUAUUUUAUAAUAUUUUAGAUUUAUCUGCGAUAAAUGCAUGGGUGUUGUACCAAGAAAUAAACAACAAGAAAAUACGAAGAAGAGAAUUUAUUCUGCGAUUGGCGGUUGAACUGAGUAACAUUUUAGAAGAACCCACUCGUGAAGAAACCUCACUGCAACGAUCUAUCGCCUUAGAAAUGCCAGCAACUGAGUUGAGGAAGAGGCGUAAUUGCUAUCAAACUCAUUGUAAAAAUAAAACUAAUAAAGUGUGUGACUUGUGCAAAAAACCACUAUGUGGCAGAUGUAAUCUAUCUAAAAUAUUCAUAUGUCAUAACUGUAAAUAA